UGGCAUAGCAUCGUUCAGAAAGCUGGAAACGGUCUGCGGUGCAGUAGCUGCCUGCGCGUAUUUCUUUCCUCAGCUCCCCCACGAGCCGUCAGAGCCGGUAGGCGCGCGGCGAGAGAACCUGACUGCACCGCGUCAGCACAGCUAUUUUCAGAUGCGACUUAAAAUAAUUUCAGCUGUAACUGCGUAACCCCAUUCUUCUAUCUCUUACUUCUUCCAAUAUAGGAGAAACCCCAACCCCAACAGGGGAUAUACGAGAGAGGAGAUCUGCACGCAUCUUUGGGCACAACGUGAGAAGACAGAACUACUUGGGGGGGGAAAUUAAAAAAAAAAAAAAAAAAAAACCUGCUGUCCUGUCGCGGGAAGAGACGGGACAUCUGCUCUGUGAAGAGUCUGCUUCUGAGCCGUACAGCAGCGCGCGCGGAGAGCACCAAGAGACUCCACAGACGCACUAAAAGGGCAGGAGGGAUAAAAGAAGGUGGAGGAUAUUUUACGCACGACAGCAGCGCUCAGCUGUGAUUGACAAGCGGCUACUUCAGUGGAGUCUCUCGCUCCGUUUAGGAUUCAGCACAGUCGGAUUUGCACUUGACCGAGUUCACAUAGAGCAGACGGCCGGGAUGGAUUCCUUCAUCAUAGCGGCUCUGGUGGCAUUGUGCUCGCUUACGGUACCAGCCUAUGGGGACAAAGGGACCAGCAAAGCCAGGAGUUGUUCGGACAUCAGGCAGUUUUAUAGCGGGAAAGGAUUCGUUCUGGAUGGGGUCCCUCAGUCAGAAAUAUCAGGCGAGCACCUGCGCAUCUGUCCCCAGGGUUACACCUGCUGCACCAGUGACAUGGAGGACAACCUGGCCAAGCUGAGCCGCAGGGAGAUGGAGGGACUGCUCAAAGACGCCGGACGUUCCUUACAGACCUCGCUCACUGGCCAGUACAAGGUCUUCGAUGGUCACUUCCUGGAGUUGCUAAACCAUUCAGCAAUUAGUCUUCAGGAGACUUUCACUCCAUCAUGGGGGUCCUUAUACUCCCAGAAUUCACAGGUCUUCUCGGACCUGUACACGGAUAUAAAAAACUACUACAGAGGAUCUAAUGUCAACCUGGAAGAGGUGCUCAAUGAAUUCUGGGCCAAGCUGCUGGAGAAGCUUUUCUACCAGGCAAACAAGCAAUAUUUCAUAAGCGAGGACUACCUUGAGUGUGUGUCUAAGCAGAUAGAGACACUACGGCCCUUCGGAGACACGCCCCGUGUGAUGAAGACGAUGGUCACGCGCACAUUUGUGGCAGCACGCUCCUUUGUCCAGGGGCUGGUGGUCAGUGGGGAGGUGGUGCGAAAGGUGUCCCAGGUGCAGCUGAGCCAGGAGUGCAUGCGGGCCAUGAUGAGGAUGACUUAUUGCCCCCACUGCCGCAGCAUGGCCUCUGCCAGACCUUGUGCCAACUACUGCAGCAACGUCAUGAAGGGCUGUCUGGCAAACCAGGCUGACCUCAACACAGAGUGGAGGCAUCUGGCAGAAACUAUGAUGCAGGUAGCUGGACGCUUUGAUGGCCCGUCUGGUGUGGAGACUGUGGUCGUCUCUCUUCCCUCUCGCAUAUCAGAAGCCAUGUAUACCAUGAUGGAGAAUAUAGAGACCAUCAACAGCAAGUUGUUCCAGGCAUGUGGCAACCUCAGAGAAGGAGCAACCAGCAGCACAGGAGUCGAUGAAAUCCUGAAGAGAGGAAAGGUCACAGUGGAGGACAAACUGGCAUCCAGCUCCAGCAAAAUGGGCAGACUGGUGUCUGAUGUGACAAUAAGACUGAGGGACAUGCAGCCGUACUGGGUUUCUCUCCCGAGUGUCCUCUGCAGCGACAGAGUGGCCACAGGAACAGGGGCUGAGGACAAAUGCUGGAACGGCAUGAGCCGUGCCAGGUACCUUCCAGAGGUGAUCGGUGAUGGCCUCGCCAGUCAGAUCAACAACCCUGAGGUGGAAAUCGACAUCACCAAGCCAGACAUGACGAUACGGCAACAGAUAAUGCAGCUGAAGAUCAUGACGCACCGCCUGAAGAACGCUCUCAACGGCCAGGAUGUGGACUUUCAAGACACCAGUGAUGACGUCAGCGGUUCAGGAAGUGGCUCGUGUGCCGACGAGAUGUGUUCCCGGGGCCCACGCAUCGUUGCCCCCGCCACUGACCGACCGGUACUCUACCCCUUCCUUCCUGAAAACAAGGAGGUGAAAGCCUCAGCCACUCGGAGCCUCCCCUGCGUCUCUAUCUACCUGCUUCCACUUCUCAUGUUGCUGCUGCGGCGAUAAUUGACCGGGGAUUCUACCAACUGGGACUGAGUUUGGGACACGUUGAGGAUGGGAGGUGGGGGGGCGGAGUUUGAAAGAGGGAGGAAGGAGGAGCUGGGGGCGUUAGUUACUUUGCCAAAACGAAAAUAAGUCAAAUGAAAACAGUAACAACAACAAAAAAAAUCACUUGGAUGGACUUCCUUUUGUUUUUUUGGAACAAAAUGGAGUGUUCACAAAUGUUUCGGUUUUGCUCUUUUCUUUUGUUUCUCGCUAUAUUAUGACUAGAGCUGGUCUUUUUGCAUUUUCUUAUGUUUUUUUUUUUCCCCUGGUGUUUGGGUUCUCUGAGAUUAUAUCUGUACCUAAGACAUGUGUAAGACUAUAUUGUUAACAGUAUGUUGGUGUUGACACCACGGGUAGAGGGAGAAUGGAGCUUUGCAGUGGCACUUAGAUUCAUAUAUUUGUUAUCUCAAUCCUUAAAAAAAAAAAAAAAAUCACUUGUAUUAAGUAGAAUUAUUUAUUUAUUAAUAACUAACAACAAACCCCACUCUCUGAUAGUGAUAGAAAAAGUGCACAAACCAAAUGCCUAAAAGAAAAAGAUUUUUUUUUAGAGGAGCAUAAUCUGUCAACACAACCCAGCAGACCUCUUAAUAUGAUCACACUUACACGCUCUCUUACACUGAGGAUGAGAGCCCUCCACGUCAGCACUUUUUGCAAUAUCAUCCUGUAAACUGUAUUAAUAACCGUGGCCACAUUCACAUUGACAUCAUCAUGUAAUGCAGGAGUUACAUGACCUGUCUGCUCCAUCCAUCCACUCACCCCUACAUCGACGCCCUGCUGAGGCAGAGAUCCCUCUUUCUCUCUCCCCUACGCCUUGCUGGCUGUGUGGGGAUCAACUCAAGAGUUCAGUGUUUGCAAAACACACUCUAGGCCGGGCCCAGGUCUCAGAUGACAGCAGCUUCCCACUAUAGAGCUCUGCAUGAGGCGCAUGUAGGGGGGGGGGGGGGGGGGUCUGUUUAAGACUGUGCUCUCGCAGCAAUGGAUUGCAGUUGAGGAUUUUGGAAAGGUGUAGAAGAACAGAAAUGAACACAGACGCAGGAACACUGCUGUCAUGCAGUGCUUUACUUUAGUUCUAAUUCUCACAAUAGAGCAAAAAAUAUACACGCAUCAUUCAGUGUGCUCCCUGCAAAGGCCCAGUGCUCCUGUGAUUAGCAUCAUAAUUGCAACGAGAAGUGUCAUUAUUUUUUGUCUAAUUGCAGCAAUGAUCCAUAUCAGGAUAGAAACCCACACCAUGCACGUCUUUGAAUUUUACUUCUAUUUCCAUGUCAGACACAAAAAGUGUAUAUAUUUUUUUGUUUCCUAGAAAAAAAUAGCUAUCAAAUGUUCUAACAGCCGGAUCGCCGUACACUUAGUACUCUUACUUCAUUCGUCAUCUGUCAUAAUGUAUCCAUAUCUGCCUUCCAUUUUUUCUGCAGCUUUUCUAUAUUAGUGCCUCUUUCGUCCCACCCCCCUCCUCCACUCCCUCCACCUUUUCUCUCUGCCUCUCAUCAGUUAUAAUGACCUUUAAAGCGUUCCUCCUGCUUCUACAUGAUGGCAAGGCAAUAUGACAAUGACACAGUGCUUCAUUACGUGUCAAACUUACUGUGGAAUGAUUGUGGGAACACAGUGUGAGGCUUUUCCUGAUUAGAAGCUUGCUGCGGAGGAAAGGCGUACCUUUUUUUUUUUUUUAUUCAUUUGAGAACGCAACAUGCAGGACGGUGGGACGAUGCUUCCGUGUGUGUUUGUGAAUGAGUUUGAAUGUGAGUCUUCAGUUGGAGGAAAUGGGGUGGACUUUAGAGCCUUUACUAUCUCCAUUGGAUGGUAAAGAAAUGAAAUGUAUUGAAAUGUAGGGGACUAACAUCGUAUGACAGACUGACGGGAUAUUAGCAUAGCUCAGUGUUCAGAUUUUCAACCUACUACUGUAAUAAUUCCUCGUCUGUGAUGUAUGUGACAGAGGAAUUUGAUAUGGAGGACAUAAAUGGACAUGCUUUUUUAAAGUACAUCAUUGCUUCAGUUCCACACUGGGACAAUCCGCUAUAACUCAUCUUAGGUCCGUUUAUAAUACUGCAGAUCCAAUUUAACAGUUUGGGGGUCUGUCAAAGUUUCCAAAGCACAUCUGUUAGAAACUUGAUAACUGCUCUGAAGAAGGGGCAAUUUAGAGUCAAAUUUGUUACCCGACAGGAUUUUUUUUAUGAUAUUUUUCUGUUUGUUUUUUUUGACAUGCUUUAUUAAUGAAUGCUGUGUGUGUGUGUGUGUGUGUGUGUGCGUGUGUGUGUGUGUGUGCGCGCGCGCGUGUGUGUGUCUGUCUUCCUGUUAGUCCCUGGUAACAAAAUCUGCCUGUGACUGCCUUUGACACUUUGUCUAGAGUUGGGGUCAAGAUUGAAAAAGAAAACAGACACAUGAUGACAUUAGAUGUUCCAUUCGGGACAAAAAAAAAAACACAUUUUGAGCAAAGAACAAUUAGCAAGAGCGCUAAGUGGGUCUUCUUCUUGGGACCCUUUAAAACAAAACUGACUCUGAAUGUGAAGGUACACAUUAAACCCUCUAAAUGAUGAAAAGUGACUCCAACUGUUAUGGUGACAUUCCAAUUCAAAGACGACUUGUAACUCACAACUUCAGUUUCAAUGACUGCCUGACAAUGUCAUCGGCUGAAAUUUGCACAACCCCCCCUCCAAACCCCACCCUCCUUUCUCUCUCUCUCUCUCUCUCUCUCUCAUCAUUCACCUUUUGAUCACAUGAAUUUGUUGCUCAAAGUCCCCAACCCCUUUUUAUGAAACCUGCACUUUUAUGAGGCCAAUAAAUGGCAUUGUCUGCACAAAGACAUCACAAGAUAGUUGAUCGAUAACUUGAGUCAACACCUUCCAGAAAUGACUAUUGAUUGGAGAUGUGUGUAUGCAGAUAGAAACGGCCCAGCAAGACGUCUCCUAUUCAGCUGUGGUCAAACAGUGUAAACACAAAGCCCCUGUGUGUGUGUGUGUUUGUGUGUGUGUGUGAUGGCGAGGAGGACGUUCAUCAGAGUCUCUGAUCUCUGAUCAGUUUCUGCAGUUCAAUCCUGCCGUCCUCAUCAGGCGCCAAAUAUGCAAAGCUGAUUAUCCCACCAUUUAAAGACAGCUUUACUCUACACUGAGUUGAACAUGGGAGGAAUUUCUUAAAGGUGCCAAUUUAAGAGGAAAUUAAUUUUCUUGUUUUUAUUUACUUUGGUUUUGUUGUUAACAGAAAUCUAUGGAGAGUUUGUGCUUAUGGUUAAGAAAGAAGCCAGAAAGAGGUUGAAAAAUACAAAUGUCUCAUUUGCUGUUGUACCUGAAAUCUUGUGUCAAUUAUAUACAUUGUAAGAUUUUCAA